AAAUCAUUCAGUUUACAAAUAAUAUGGCAGCUGUUAAAUACGUGUCUCAUUUUUUCAGUAAAAAUGUAAUUUUGAUUUUAUUAUUCAUUGGUGUGGUAACAUCAGCAGUAGUAAAUAACUAUGUAAAUGCAUUAACUGAACCGUGUUAUGGUGCCGGAAAUGGCCGUGUUCGUGCUUUAACAAUUGAUAGUUUGUUGGAUGAUUGUAACAAAUACGUUCAGUGUCUUAGUGAUCAAACGGAGGAGGUUUUAACAUGUCCAUUUGAUAAGCCGUAUUUCAAUGCUGAGGACCAAGAAUGCUCGCACCGAUCCGAUGUCUGCUUCCGAUGUCCGAACACAAAGUUUGAAUUGAUUUCUGUGCCGCAUAUAUGUCGACAAUACAUAUUAUGCUUUAACAAUAAACCAUUAGCAUUGGCAUGUCCAGAGCCAUUAGUGUUUGAUGGUAGUCCCGGAAUACAUCAGUGCAAUUAUGAGCCAGGACCAAGUGAGUGUUUCCGCGAAGAUAAGGACGAUUAUGAAAGUAAAAUAUGUCCGCCUAUUGGCAAGGAACCGAAAUUUGAGGCUGCCGAUAACUCAGGAAUUUAUUAUGUGUGUCACGGGAGUCCAAAACCUUUACGGCUUGUAUGUCAAGGCAAUCUUAUAUUCAACAAAGACAAAGGAGUUUGUGAAAAAGCGUAACUAACAAUCAAUUUUAUCUAAUAUCAAAUAUAUAAUUGACGAAAAUUGAAUUUUGUUCAUGGUGGAAGACAAAGAUAAAAAAAAAAUUGUGAACCCUUUUGAAAACGAAAUAAAUCAGUAUUUUAACGUAAACUGA